CCAUGGCUUUCCUUCUCUCUCUGCAACUCCCCCAUUCAUACUCAAACUUUGAAUCAGAGGACAGAAGAACAGUAAGGAGCAAUGCACCUUAUUCUUCAAAGUUCAAUGGCAAGAAGAACAGAAUUUUGUUUACAUAUUCCACUUAUUCAUCAAGGUGGUUUUCUUCUGGGGUGCCAUCAUCCAUGGUUUCUUCAGCUUAUUCUGAUCAAACCAAUAAUGAGAACGUGCCUCCUCCGGUUAAAGCUAUCAGUACCAAAAUGGAAUUCAAUCGGGUGAAUUGUCUUGUGUGGGUAUUGCAUGAGUCUGCUAGGAGCUUUUCCCACACGGUUGAAUCUUUUGAAUUGGCUAGAUGCGGUCCAGAGCUAGCAAUGGCUUGGGUGGGAGUUGAUGUGCAUGCCUGGCAUAAACGCAUUGCCCAUCAGGUAGCAGUGUAUGCUUUGUUAAGAACUGCAAUUGAACUGGAAUUCUUCCUUUCUCAUGGACGCUGCAACAAUCCUUCUCUAGUUUGUGAGAUCUUGUCCCCAAUAAUAAACUCGGUUGAGCAAAACAUAGAAAGCCAGCUGAAGGCAAGGCACCCAAAAUUGGUUGAAUGGUUUAGAAUGGUGGAACUGCCACGUGUAGCAGGAUUUUUCAUUCCAUUGUUGAAGAAGUGGUCUAUGGAAUAUGCUGGAAGUGGUGUUGCAGGGAUUAUUCUGGCUAUAAGCUGCUGUGUGGCAGUAGGAAAAUUGGGUUCUGGCCAUAUUUCCUGCCCCUUGUUUAUAUUGUCUAUUGAGGAAGCAUUAAUAGAGCUCAUGAAUUUGUCACAUAGUCUUGUUUCAGUGGAUAAAUUGCACCAGUUAGCCACUAAGGCAGGUUUUGAACAGGAGUUCCUGUAUAAUUUUGGUACAAAGAUUCUGCCUAGCCAGAAAAGUGAAGAUGUAGAAUUUUGGAUUGGUUUGGCUCAAAAAAAACUCGCUAAAGCAAUUCGCAGAGAAAGUGUAUUUUCAGGCCUUCAGACUUUUCAAGACAAGGUUCAAGAGAGUAAUUGUCUGGCUACUCUAGGAAUUUUUGCAUUUCUGGGAAGAAAAACAAGAUUAUUUUUGUUAGGAAUGGGAAUAAAGGAUCUUGAUGAGCAGGUUAAGGACUUCCUCAGUUACUUGGAGUGUGGUAGCCUUUUCAUUUACCCCAAGUUUUCUUCACUCUCUGUGUAUCAACUUUUCAUGGAGGUAGUAGCUGAUGAAAUUGGAUGGCUUGAUUUUUAUGCUGCAUUUCCUUUCGGAUUCAAUCAAGAGAGAAGGAGGUCCAAACAGCAUGCCAUCCAAGCAGAGAAAGAGAUUAUUUUACAUACUGUUUUUACGGUUUGCUAUGAUGUUUUCUCUGGGUUUGCACAUUUCAGCAGUUCAACUCAGCAGCCCUUAAAUGCAGACUUGUUGGCAUUCUUGCUCCGAAGUCAGAGCCUGCUUACUAGUUGUUUGGAAGACUACUGGGCUGCCUAUGAUAGAUCAGGGUAUGAUAAUGCCGAUUUCUCAAGCAGUCAGCUGCAGAAGAUUGCAGAAAGAAAUGCCCUUGACCAAACACAAUCCACUGGAACUAAAGACACUACAAGUUCAUCUGUAACCUUGGAUGCACAACAGAAGGUGACUGACUUAAUGGCAAGGAGAAAUCUAGAAAAAAUACCUCAGUCUGGAAAUAAACUGAGCAAGGCUAGCUGCAAAGUGGGGACAGAGACAAGAACCCUGGUGGAGACAGGAAGGACAGCUGAAUCAGAGGCUCUGCAUCAAAAUUUACUCAGGAAAUCCAGCAUGAAGUUGAUAUCUACAAGCUCUGAUAUAUUGAUGGGCACUCAGCUGCUCUUCAUAGACAUCAUGGCUUCUCUGGAGCUUCUGCUAAAGCAAAUGCGUGGCCGCAGGGUUACAGAAAGGGAAAGAAAGAAGCUAAAACAAACACUAGCUGAUAUUGCUUCACUUAUCCCAAUUACAAUUCUAAUGCUACUCCCUGUAUCUGUUGUAGGGCAUGCGGCCAUCUUAGCAGCUAUAAAAAAGUACAUGCCAUCCUUGAUCCCAUCUCCAUAUUCCUCCGAGCGACUGGAUGUUGUAAAACAACUGAAAAGAAGCAAGAAGAUGGAAGUUCAGACACUGAGCAACCAAGAGGAUGCAUCCUCUGCUAUAUAAAAAAUAAAUGGUUGAUGCUAACGUGUUGUCUAUUGAUCACCUGAACAUGACAUGUAUACAUUUCUAUGAACGUGUGGAUGCUUACA